UCCUAUGCUUUCCCUUAGGCAGACCAUGCCCAUGAGUUGAGUUGCCUGGCUGGACCAGACUUUGACCCCAAGUUCAGAAAUAAUUCAGUUGCCGUGCCAUGAACCACACAGAAUGGCAGGGAGUAGCAAAGGUCAAAGAUACAGCCUCCCCCACAUGCCACAUGGCCUGCAAAAGAAAGCAACACUAACAAAUAAUUCAGUGCCUGAUCUCCUCCCUUUUCUAAUCCAUCUCUUGCUGCAUGUGUGCUAAGCUUCUUUAUCCUGCUUUACACCCAUGAUCAGGCAGACAAGAUCUGGUGCUAUAUACCAGCUAGUGCCCCUCUGAUUCCCGGAAAGCCACCACUGUUAACAACACACUCACCCCCAGCUAGCCUCCUAGUGCUCAGUAACCUCCUGGCCUCUCCAUUGGCUUGGCUCCCCUGGGUGCUGUUGCUGUGAAGGUGAUGGUGACACUGAUUGCAAAGCAAAAAAACUAUGCAAGUUAACACCAAUGAAAGCCUUACCUUGGCUGCAAUCUUGCUGCCCUGCCUCUGCCUUAGCCUAUAUAUACUGCUUCCAGUUCAGCACGGCAGAAACUUACUCUUACAUUGUCGCUGAGCUAGAGUUACAGCGCUCCGUGGCCUUUGAUUUUGUAGACGAGAGAGAACAGAUUUCACCUGGGAUUGGGAUUUGGGAAGGAAGAGUCGGCGUCAGAGGAGAGGAUCACAAGUUCACGAGUGAAUGAAGACAGUUAAAGCAAGCAUGCAAGAAGGGUACGUGUACGUGUACUCGCGGAGGGCGCUGCUGCUGGCUCCGCUGCACAGCUACGGGGAGAAUGCGGCGGCGAGCCAGGUGGUGGCCGGGCAGCAGGAAGCCCCGGCGAGCGACGGCGUCAGGAGCGGGGGUGGGAGCAGCAGCAGCAGCAGCAGCAGCAGCAGCAGCUUCGACGCGAACGUGGUCAUGAUCCUGGCCGUGCUCCUGUGCGCGCUCAUCUGCGCGCUGGGGCUCAACUCCAUCGUGCGGUGCGCGCUCCGGUGCACCAGCCGGACGUCGCCCGGCGGCGGGGCGCAGCGGCAGCCGGCCGCGGGGGCGGGGGAGCCGGGGCUGUCGGUGGUGCGGCUCGCGCAGGCCGGGGCGCGGCGGAAGGCGCUGCGCGCGAUGCCGACGCUGGUGUACUCGCCGGGGAUGCUGCCGCUGCAGGCAGCCGGCGGCGGCGGGCCCGUGUGCGCCAUCUGCCUGGCCGAGCUGGAGCCCGGGGAGCGCGUGCGGGUGCUACCCAAGUGCAACCACGGCUUCCACGUCCGCUGCGUCGACCGCUGGCUGCUGGUGCGGUCCACGUGCCCGACGUGCAGGCAGCCGCUGUUCGGCGCACCGCACAAGGGCUCCGGCUGCACCGACGAUGCCGGCGCCGGCGCCGAGCCGCCGGUGCGGGCGUUCCUCGUGCCGCUCCGGCCGGACGGUUUCAUCACGCCGUACGAUUUUUAGACUACGAUAGUCGACAAUCUUUGAAUUGUAGAGAGUAUACAAGGCUACAAGCAUUACAAGCAUGGGCACCGAUCACUGCAUUCUACGUUGUACGGUCUUUAAUUUGUAGUACAAAGCAGUUUUUUUUGCGUUAAUGAGCCUGCCACACAGAGAUAUACUUUCUGUCUCAAAUUA